GAAGCGGCAGCCGAGUAAGCGGAAGUCCCGGCUCCCCGGUCAUGGCACCGCUUCUUGUACUGCUCCUGGCCGGGGUGGUGAGUGCAUCCCGCGGGGACCGGGAGCCGGUGUACCGGGACUGUGUGAGCGCCUGUGAGCAGAGGAACUGUACCGGGAUCCGACUGCUGGACUUCCGGGCUGAGCAGCCCCUCUACAUGAGACUGACAGGCUGGGUAUGCUUGGACGACUGUCGCUACCAGUGUAUGUGGGACACAGUUUCCCUUUAUAUUAAAGAAGGAUAUUCUGUCCCUCAAUUUCAUGGCAAGUGGCCAUUUUCCAGAUUCCUGUUCUUUCAGGAGCCAGCAUCUGCCUUGGCCUCUUUUCUCAAUGGCCUUGCCAACCUAAUGAUGCUACAGCGUUACCGCGCCUCUGUUCCUGCUUCCUGUCCUAUGUACCACACCUGCCUCACCUUUGCCAUGGUCUCCAUAAAUGCCUGGUUCUGGUCCACAAUUUUUCACACGAGAGACACGGCGAUUACUGAGAAAAUGGACUACUUCUGUGCCUCGGCAGUCAUUCUGCACUCUAUCUACCUGUGCUGUAUGAGGACUUUGGGUCUUCGAUAUCCUUCUUUUGCCACUGCUUUUGGUGCCAUCCUGGUGGUACUCUUUGCAUGCCAUGUGUCUUACCUAACCCUGGGACGCUUUGACUACAGCUACAACAUGCUUGCAAAUGCCGGCUUUGGCAUGAUUAAUCUGGGAUGGUGGUUGGCAUGGUGUUUGAAGAGACGCUCCCACCAGCCAUACUUGUGGAAGUGUGUUAUGGUGGUGGUCCUACUACAGAGCCUAGCUUUGCUAGAGCUGCUUGAUUUCCCACCUGUCUGUUGGGUGCUGGAUGCCCAUGCCCUCUGGCACUUUAGCACCAUCCCCUUGAAUGUUCUCUUCUAUAGCUUCCUGAAGGAUGACAGCCUGUACUUGCUUAAGGUGAACUCCAUUGUAUUAAAAGUGGACUAGUCCUAGAAGAACUCAUGCCUGGGUGUGGAUUUUGCACUGGUUUGCCCUACACUCUGAAGUUGAUGCCCAGGAGGCUUUUAUUAACCAUAUUAAUUCCCUCUUGCAGCACGAGGGUCUCUUAAGUGCCUUAAUGUCUUAAUAAUAUAAGUGACUGUGUACAAAAUACCUUCCUGCAUUUGGUUGGAUCCAUACGCUUAGCUUUCUGUAUUAUAGAUGCCUUGAGGCUAUUAUUGGAGCAUAUAUUAUACGCUGCUGUGACAGGUCUCAAACCCUUCUCUAUGGGACCACUAAUGGGUAAUGUGCAUAUGUGUGUGUUGUGUCAGAUGGCUUGUGUUUGACACAGAAAGUCUUACGUUGCCAAAUACUAGCAAUGUUUGUAUAUAUUUAGCUAUGUGUACACUGUAUUAAAGGAGCCAUGAUAUAUUGUCAAACCCAGUUAUGGGGUGGGCAAAGUAAUUUCAAGUUCCAGAGUCUAGCCUAGUCUAGAACCUGGCACGCACUCAUAAGUAGCCACAGGAACAAAAAGCCUUGUUUGGUGGGGGGUGGGAUAGAGCUAGGGGCUGUCUUUAAGGUUUUCAGACACUUGGGCUAAUUGGCUCUUGAAAUUAAUCCAGCCCUGUCUAUCGGUAUUUUUUACAGAAGAUUUAAUAGCCACGAAAUGAAAACAUAACUGGAAUUUUUCAUUUUUUGGAAUGCGGUUUUAUUAGCUUGCAUAUGAUUGCACAAACUUUAUAUCUUGGCACCUUGUAAUUAGAGCUUAUAUUUCAGCAGCUGCCCUAGUAAAGGCAGGUAUUGGUACCCACUAAUAUUCAUUGUACUGCAAAAAGGUCAUAAGACACUUAAUAUGCUACUGGGGUAGGGGUCUCCAAACAAAAGCGAGAAUCUACUGUCCUUUAGGGGGGCCAGACUGCUGCCAAUGGGAAUAGAAAAUAGGCAGUAAACAAUGCCUAAUCGUUGGUGUCAGUGCGGGAGGAAUAGUGCCCCAUCAUUGGUGGGAGGAAUAAGUGCACCAGGGAUCAAAUCAAGGCAAGCAAAGGGCCGAAUCUGGCCCCCCGGGCCACAGUUUGGAGACCACUGUUGUAGGGCAUUUUUUGCCAAUGAGAGCUAGCAGUAAUGGUACAUUUGCAAAAGAUGGGGCCUUAAAUGGAGCUAAAACGUGAUCUGAUAUUUACUUGUCGCCACUAGCGUCCCGAACCCAAAAAACUGUUUUAAUCAUUUAAGGAUACUGGUAUUCAUUUAUGCCUUUAUGUGUAUGAUAAUUUAGUGAUAUAAAUUGGAAGCCACAUUUCUAUGGGGUAGGUAGGGAGACCAAUUGAAUUAUUAGAAUGGCAUCACUGUCAAAGUUUAUGAAGUGGGUAAGGUUUGAUUGACCCACUAUGUAUUUUUAUUGUCUGUUCGAAUCUCGGCCGGUUCUUGCUGAACAAUGUAUGGGUAGGCUAAAUGGUACCCAGGUCGAUUGAUCGAUCAACUUGGGUACAUCCAACCUGUCAGAUUUAACAUGUGAUUAUUGCUAUAUUAUAUUUACCAUUUCUUAUUAUAGCCGCUAGCCAUAAUCGCUGUAUUCCCCCAUGGAGUUGCUCCGUCUAUGGCCUGCCUUACUGAACCUAUUGCUGGUCUAGCUAAGACAGUCAUGGCUCUAUUUUGAACUCUGUUCUUCUUCUCCUCUGACUAUAUAUUCCUGUGUGGAAUCCAACAGCAGCAUAGUGACCUUCUACAAGCAUUGCUUUACAUUUUUGUGCACUUCACUAAAAAUAUGGAAAACGUACUUCAGAAGGGGGAGCUGAGCAGUGUGGGUCAAGUAUUAGAGUCCUUGCACAUGGGCUGUCCAAUCAAGUCUGCCUGUUUUUUUAGGCAGACCUGACCGGAACUUCGUCUCCUCUAUGGAGCUGCAGAUAUCAGCAGAGACUCGUCGCUAUGCGAUCUGAUCCAGGCCGCACAAUCCAGACAGAUGGUGGCCCUAUUUUCCAUCCUUCUGGCGGAUAGGGUUGGAUGAAAAUGGACAGGCGUUCCGUUUCCACUCAAAUUCCCCAUAGAGUAGAGUUGACUGUGUCCGUGUCUGCUCUGCACAGUAGGUCAGACAGGACCUGUCAUCCGCCUGCUCAGCAGGGAUCAACAGAGCAAUCCCUCACUAAACAAACGGAAUCUGCAAGAUGGAGGCACCCAUGUGAAAUGCACCUUAGCUGUCAAUUUACACAAAUAGGAGGAUAGUGUGGAGGAGAAUUAUGGACAACCGAAACAAAAUCUUUCACCCAUUCCAUUGAAAGAUGAGAAAAACUCUCAUACAUUCCGGUAUAGAAAUUGUAUUGCCAGGAAGCAGUAAUAGAUUCAUAAAGAUGUAUGUUUUAGAUGGGAAACAAUAGAACAUGACUUGCAACAAGGAAGGCUAGAUUUCACUUUGAUGUGCCAUUUUAUUUUUGUUUACCAGGAUUAAAAAUAGGUAGUAAUAAAAUAUACCUACUCUGAAGCAGUAGGUAGUCUUAGGACACAGGUAUUUUACUUGGAGAUGGCCUUGAGGUAUGCUUCCUGUCAGAGUUCUGCACCUUCAUAUUAUACUAUUCCUUUACUCUUUUUUUUUUCAGUAACGUGACUUCCUGUAAGAUUUAUACUUGAAGCACUUAAUAGCCCAUCUGCUUUAUUGAAAAUCAAAUAUAUUCUUAUCUGUAAGAUACUGUUGAGUCCUGGCUCUUU